AUGGCUAAACUUAGCACCGCUGCUGCGGAGGAGGAGUCAGCGACCGAGACAGUCACCACGCUUUUAUCAAUGAAACCACUAUGGGUCUCGCCUCACCACUUUGUUGUCCAGCCAUAACCGCUCACCUCUGCUGCUAUCUGUCUAUAGUGGUUUCGCCUCACCACUUUGUUGUCCAGCCAUAACCGCUCACCUCUGCUGCUAUCUGUCUAUGCAUGACUGGGGAACAGCGUUUCCAAUCAGCUAUGGUGGCUAGCCACAGUCACACUAUUGGUUGAUUAGUGACAGAGUGGUGGCCAAUCAACAUCAUAUUACACCGAAGAGAACCGAAGGGUGAUAUGGCGGUUUUCUCGUUUGAGCAAAAGACUAUCCUCCGCCCUCUCUCCUCCGUGACCCGGAGGAGUGUGUAAAUUCGUUAGUAGGCAAACAUGGGAUAGUUCUCCCCUCCUUGAUGGCCUCCUUUUGGCGAGGAAGCACAAGUGUAUCCUACCUGAGUCCUUCACGGAAGAGUUUUGAAAUCUGCCACACCCCCUUUGAAUCAGCAAUUUUUUAUCGAAGGAUAAAAGCAUGCAAACAUUUAAAAACAAUAUGCUACUUAUCUUUUUAUCUAUAAAAGGUAUUGCACUAGCUUAAUUGUUUUUAUCAGUUUAUACAUUUAAUAUGGGAUUCCACCCUGUAAACGUAAUUUGCCUGAUGACGCGCGAUUGGAGAAGGAGAGUCUAAUUUCAUACAGCCAUUUUCGUCCACUUUCCCUCUCCUCGCCGCCUCUCCUCAAUUACCUUUGACCUUUUUCAAAAGGAGGCGAGAGAGGACAGAGGAGAGAGGACGCAUGAGGUAAGCAAAUCUAAUUGAUAAAAGGCCAUGGUUAUCGUUCAAAAAUAGAACCACAGUAAACAGUUAAUAAUACCUUUCUUUAUGCAUAACACUGGUGACUUCAUGACCAUGCCCAAACUUUGAUUUAUUGACUCUGUGAUUUAUUGACUCAAAUUGAAAUCUUGACCUCAGUCUGUUUUACGAUUUUUUUUUGUUCUUCUCCUAGUAAUUAGGGACUGAUUUAGACCUGACAUCAGGUCAGUGCAAUCAGGUAGAACAUAAAACCAGCAGUACUCUGGACUUCAUAGAGUAAGAUUUGAAUACCCCUGGUAUACAACAUGAGUAUCCCAAUUCGGAUGUAUCAAGUCUGCAGCACUUCUGGUUUUCAUGAUUGAUUGAUUGAAGGGCUAUUCGACGAUUGAAAAUAAAUAUAAAGUCAAUGUUGCCUGAGACAACAUUACAUACAUUCACCCUAUAAUCAGAGAAAGAUUCAGACCUGAGACACUAAGUGAGUGGACUCUCUGGCCAAUCAAUUAGGCUACAUUCAUCAAUCAAUUAUCUACCAAAGAGAAAAGAAAAACAGCUGUACUGCAGAUCUCGAUACCAGGAUUUAGAUAACCCCGAUAGAAAAGUAUAAUGCAAUUUCUAAUUUCUCUCCCCUUCCUCCCUUCUUUCCUCAGCCUGGUGUAUGGGAGUUCUAGGUCUUCCCAUCCGGACUCAGAGCUGCUCCAUCGCCAGGCUUAUGGCACCCCCCACCCUCUGCAGGGCUACGCAACCAAUCACCAUCCUGGCAGCUCUGGACAGGGCGGGGCAUGGGGGGCUGGGCGGAGUCUAGGUAAGGGGCCGGGCUAAUAUAAACUUUGAUUCAAAUGUAAAAUUGAGGUCUCUGCAUGAUGCCAAAAGGUUGUCAAUAUAGAAUUUUAGUAUACCUGUUAUUACAAUACAAUAUUGUCCUAUCCUAUACACACAGUCAGGGAGCAUUUUUCUCUCUAUCGAAGUUUUUUUGUUUAGAUUAGACUUUUGUUUAUAUGAGUCAUUAUAAACAGAAAAAUGUGUGUGGUUGAGUAAAUGCUUUUGUGUCUAUGUCCUCUAGGGUUAUCUGGGCUGUUUGAUACUGGGUUACACCAUGCCAGUCCCUCUGGUCCAGACCCAUCUGUCAUGAACCUGAUUUCAGCACUGGAGUCCCAGGGUCGGCAGCCGCCCCCCUCAGCCUCCUCCCUCCUCUCCCAGUUCCGAACACCCUCCUGGCAGACUGGUGAGUGCAGGAGCCAGUCAUGAGUCAUGUUCAAGUACAACUGAUUGUGUUCAUCAUUUUCUGAGUGUUAUGAAAGACAGCAGCACAUUUCUAAUAACCUCUGUUACUUGUCUUUCUCUCUAUCUCCAUUUCCCAUAGCGAUGCACACUCAGCCAGAGCUCUUCAUCGGGUCUGGCUCCUUCCCCUCCUCCUCCCUCUCGGCCUACCAGCACCCAGCCUCCUUCUCUGGGCGGUCCUUCCCUGGCGCCUCGCUCUCCCUCCAGGACUCCCCCACCUUCAGCCCCACGUCCAACGGCCUCCUGUCCCCCCAUGACCCCCUGCUGCACAUCAAGACGCCCUCCCAGUCCAGCCUGGGCUUCGACCGGUUACUCUCCUCACAGGGUGCCGCCUACCGUGGGUCGCAGGACCCCACAGGGCCGCCGCAAACAACCUCCUCUUCGUCAGGCCGCCACCUACCCCCUCCCCAGUUUAACCUGCUGUCCUCCCAGCUCCAGGACCAGUCCUCCCAGUUGUACAACGCCUCUGUGUUCUCAUCGGCACCCGCCCCGCCGCCACCCCAGCCAUCCCAGGAGAGGGCCAUCCCCCGGCAGGACAGCGUGAUCAAGCACUACCAGCGCUCCUCUCCGGCUCAGUCGCAGCUCUCCUCCUCAGCCCCCCACCCCCUGCAGCAAUACCUUAGCUGUGGGGCAUCGGGUUACCAGCAGAUCUCCCACCACCGGCAUGGAGGGGUGUCCUGCAGCCCGCUGGGGGAGCAGAGCCCUUCAGCAGACCCCAAACCCUCCCCCCGGUCAGAUCAAGUGUACCGCCCCAUCAUCCAGACCCCGUAUACCUCCUCAGCUGCCUCCUCGUCAGGUGGAGGUCUAGGGAAGGGGGCUAAGAACUCCAGCUCCAGUAGCGGCUACUCUUCCUCGGGCUCCUCGUCAUCCCGAACCCCCCACACCCCGCCCUCAGCCUCCUCCACCUCCUCGUCCUCCUCAAACUCCAACCCUAACCCUUCCUCCAGCUCCUCGUCGGCCCCCUCCAGACAGCAGCCCCCAACUCAGUCUGCGCCCCCUCCCCCACCUCCCCUUCCAGUCUCCUCCGCCCCGGCCCAGCAGCCUCCUCCUAAACCCUGCCUGUCAGCAUACGGCUCCCCUGUGGCCCCCGUCAAGCCCACCGCAGGCCUCCCUGGACAGACACCUCCCCAGCAGCAGUCCCAGUCCUACUCCCCCAGCCAGCCCCCUCCCUCACACCUUCCCUCCCACCAGCCCUAUGGGGGCUUCAACUCCCCCCAGGCCCAGGAUCUGACCUCUGGUCCUGGGGGUUCUGGGAAAGGGUAUGGAGGACUAGGGCCAGGAGGCCGCUCCUUCUCUGCCGAGGUGGUCUACGGGACGGACUCAGGAUACGGCUCGCUGCCUACCUCCCUUGGGGGAGCGGGCAGUCCCUCGUUGGGGUACGGUGGCCCAAGGCACUCCCCUGCCCUCCUGGGGUCUGGAGGGGGUGGAGGGUCAGCCGGCAGCGGGGCAGGGUCUGGGGCUGGUGGAGGUGGAGGUGGAUCAGGAGGUGGGGGCGCAGGAUCAGGUGGUAGCAGCUCAUACCACCUCCCUGACUCCAGCCCUUCUCCCUCCAGCAACUCUGGCAUCAUUCGACCUGGGCUGCACUCUCCUGCUCCCAGCCGCCCUGCCCAGUCCCCCGGGGGAGCCGGGGGGAACAAAUACCUCUCCUCCGUCCUCUCCCCUGCCUUCCUCUCCUCUCCGCAGGGCUACCCCGACACCCGAGGCCCCCAGCCUCAGUCCUACCACCCCACCACCCCCAAGCCCAAGCCAGACACUGACAUGCUGGGAGUGGAGCGCUCUCAAGACGAGGAGGAUGACGAUGACUUCCUGAUCCAGCACUUGCUGCAUGCCCAGAGCCCUGCGCCCCACCCGUCCCAGCACCACUCCCAGCAGCAGCCGCCCCAGUCCAUCCCUCAAGCCAGGGAUGCGGGCAAAGGUCUGGCCUACGACCUGAAUAAGGCCUCUGAGGAGCGCUACCACCUCCAGAGCGUCAUCCGCACCAACAGCGCCACCAACAGCACGGGCCCCGGUACUGCAGGUAACGUCAGCGGAGGUGGCCUGGAGAGCCAGUUGGAGAUGUCUCUGAAGAAACAGCAGCAGCAGCAGGCCAAGAACGAACGAGGGCUGUCUGGAGCAGGAGCCAGUGGAGGAAGAGGGGGGGCAGACUCCCUCUCCCACGCCAACCCUCACGUCCCCUAUCCGCACCAACACGACACCCUCGGCUCAGUGGUGCACUACGGCAGGGGCGACCCUUACGCCCAACACCCUCACUCCCAGCACCCCCACCAUCCCUCGCAGGCCCCCUCACACACCCAGCACUCCCAACACGCCCACCCCCACUCCCACGGCCACCCUCAUAUGGAGCUCAAAAAGCCUCCCGACCCGUCCGAGCUGCCAUACCUGCGGAAGACACCCGAACUGCAGCAGCAGCCCCGACAGUCCCAGUCCUCCCUUUCCCUCAUGGACUCCCCCCCAAACCAGCCCCAGCAGCCUCCCUCUGCCCACAUGCUCCAGUCUGUACUGUCCCACACUACCUGCAACAAGAUGGACACCCAGCAAGCUGCUUCUCAGCAGCAGCAGCACUCCAUGAGUCAGCAGGCCAUGAUGGGGGCAGGUGGAGAGGCAGAGCCUGGGGGACAAGCGAGGGUGGAUCCCCAGCCCCAUUCUCAAUCCCAGCUGCAGCUCCAACUCCAGUCCCAGGCUAUGGAGGCCCACUACGGCCAGAACCAAGCCAGCCAGAACUCGGUAUCUCCGCUGGACAUGCUGGAGCACACCCUGUCUCGGGCCAACAGCAGAGACAGUGGAGGGGCCGUGGAGAGAAGUGGGGUGGGGGGAGGAGAUGGGGGCAGUAGUGACGGACACAGACAACAACAGCAGCAGCACAGGCUGCCAUCUCAUCACCACUCCCAACAAACUGCCUCCAAGCUUCACGACUUCCUCUCCGAGCCAGAUCUGGGCAUAACCACACCCUCCCACCUGCACCACCUCAACCCACACCACCCCCACGUCCAUCACCAACAGCAGACCCACCCGCACCACCCCCUCCCGCACACCCAUGCCCACCCCCACUCCCACCACCUGGCGACCAACGCAGGGCCCCAGCAGCAGCCUCCGCCCCAUCAGAGGGACCAGGAGCCCCAGCUCUGCCAAUCCCAGUUGGACCAGCUCAAAGAGCACCAGUUUGACACGGUGAGCCCCGUGGGGAAAGCGGGCCAGAACCAAGGCCAGCAGCAGCAGCAAAGGUUUGUGCCUCUGACCUCCAUCUGUUUCCCAGACUCCCUCUUACAGGAUGAGGAUCGCUCCUUCUUCCCCGGUAUGGAGGAUAUGUUCUGCUCUGACGACUACUCCAAGUCAAGCUGCGCCGGGGGUCCCGGGGCAGGCCAAGGGGUGCAAGAAGGUAUGUCUGAGGCACGUGGACAGGGACCAGACAGCAUGGAGGACGUCAAGACCAGUGAUGGAGGAGGUGGCUAUGACAUGAUGGGUCACCAUGGCGACCAUGGGUAUGGGUAUUGCCACGGCCUCACGGAAACAGAAAACAGCACCAUGCAUCUGGACCUGGACUCCCUGAAAACCCACGAGCUCCCCUCCACUGUGAACACAGAGCAGCUCGGCCUCAUCCAGUCCCAGACCCCGGGCCUUGGCUUGGGGGGUCCAGGGGGAGUUCCUGGGGACGGCUCCGCCAACAAGAUGAUUGGGGGUACGGGCGUGGGCGGAGGUUCCAGUCUGGCCGGGCUGACGUCGCCCAUCUUCUGCUCCUCCCGACCCAAGAAGCUGCUGAAGACCAGCUCCUUCCACCUGCUGAAGCAGCGCCGCGACCCGCAGCUGCAGGCCAAGAAGAACUACGCCCAGGAGUACGAGUUCGAGGACGACGAGGACAAGGCUGAUGUUCCCGCUGACAUCCGCCUGAACAGCCGGCGGCUCCCUGACCUCCUCCCCGACCUGGUGUCCAGCUGCAGGAAGGCGGGAGGAGGAGGGGCCUCUGGGGUGGGCUCCCUCAGCCCUCUGAUGGGCGACCUGGACUUCUGCCACCCAUCCGGCUACCCCUCCCUUGGCCCCCCUCCUCAGCUCCUACCCCACGACGGGCCCAAGAAGAGGGGCAGGAAACCGACCAAACCCAAACGCGAGGGGCCGCCUCGGCCCAGAGGGCGCCCUCGCAUUCGCCCGCUCCCGGAGCCGCCCUACUGUAGGGGACUGAUGGGAAAUGUAGGCGGGGAGACCCGCAGGGGUCGUGGGCGGGGUAGGGGGCGUGGCAGGAAGGAGGAAGGGAUGAUAGAGCUGCACCGAGACAAAGUACCCGACCUCCAAUAUCAACAACAACAACAGCAGUUCCACCAACAACAGCACUUUCAACAACAGCAGCACCAACACCAUCACCUCAAACAGCAGCAGAAUCUACAGCCUCAACAUCAACAGCAGCAACAGCAGCAGCACCUACAACAUCUUCAUCAACAACAACAACAACAACCACAGCACCAGAAACCUUUCAAGCCUAUCAAGGUAAGGGAGACAUGAGCAGAGUGAUAUCAUGUUUUGAUAGCGAGUUGUAUGGACUCCGUAAAGAUUACAGUGCCUUCAGAAAGUAUUCAUACCCCUUGACCUAUUCCACAUUUAGUUGUGUUAAAGCCUGAAUUCAAAAUGGAUUAAAUGUUAUUUUUUUCUCACCGAUCUCCACGCAAUACCCCAUAAUGACAAAGUGAAAACCUGUUUUUAGAAAUCUUAGCAAAUGUAUUGAAAAUGAAAUACAGACAUAUCUAAUUUACAUACAGUGGGGAAAAAAAGUAUUUAGUCAGCCACCAAUUGUGCAAGUUCUCCCACUUAAAAAGAUGAGAGGCCUGUAAUUUUCGUCAUAGGUACACAUCAACUAUGACAGACAAAAUUAGAUUUCUUUUCUCCAGAAAAUCAUAUUGUAGGAUUUUUAAUGAAUUUAUUUGCAAAUUAUGGUGGAAAAUAAGUAUUUGGUCACCUACAAACAAGCAAGAUUUCUGGCUCUCACAGACCUGUAACUUCUUCUUUAAGAGGCUCCUCUGUCCUCCACUCGUUACCUGUAUUAAUGGCACCUGUUUGAACUUGUUAUCAGUAUAAAAGACAACUGUCCACAACCUCAAACAGUCACACUCCAAUCUCCACUAUGACCAAGACCAAAGAGCUGUCAAAGGACACCAGAAACAAAAUUGUAGACCUGCACCAGGCUGGGAAGACUGAAUCUGCAAUAGGUAAGCAGCUUGGUCUGAAGAAAUCAACUGUGGGAGCAAUUAUUAGGAAAUGGAAGACAUACAAGACCACUGAUAAUCUCCCUCGAUCUGGGGCUCCACGCAAGAUCUCACCCCGUGGGGUCAAAAUGAUCACAAGAACGGUGAGCAAAAAUCCCAGAACCACACGGGGGGACCUAGUGAAUGACCUGCAGAGAGCUGGGACCAAAGUAACAAAGCCUACCAUCAGUAACACACUAUGCCGCCAGUGACUCAAAUCCUGCAGUGCCAGACGUGUCCCCCUGCUUAAGCCAGUACAUGUCCAGGCCUGUCUGAAGUUUGCUAGAGUGCAUUUGGAUGAUCCAGAAGAGGAUUGGGAGAAUGUCAUAUGGUCAGAUGAAACCAAAAUAGAACUUUUUGGUAAAAACUCAACUCGUCGUGUUUGAAUGCUGAGUUGCAUCCAAAGAACACCAUACCUACUGUGAAGCAUGGGGGUGGAAACAUCAUGCUUUGGGAGUGUUUUUCUGCAAAGGGACCAGGACGACUGAUCCGUGUAAAGGAAAGAAUGAAUGGGGCCAUGUAUCGUGAGAUUUUGAGUGAAAACCUCCUUCCAUCAGCAAGGGCAUUGAAGAUGAAACGUGGCUGGGUCUUUCAGCAUGACAAUGAUCCCAAACACACCGCCCGGGCAACGAAGGAGUGGCUUCUUAAGAAGCAUUUCAAGGUCCUGGAGUGGCCUAGCCAGUCUCCAGAUCUCAACCCCAUAGAAAAUCUUUGGAGGGAGUUGAAAGUCUGUGUUGCCCAGCGACAGCCCCAAAACAUCACUGCUCUAGAGGAGAUCUGCAUGGAGGAAUGGGCCAAAAUACCAGCAACAGUGUGUGAAAACCUUGUGAAGACUUACAGAAAACGUUUGACCUGUGUCAUUGCCAACAACGGGUAUAUAACAAAGUAUUGAGAAACUUUUGUUAUUGACCAAAUACUUAUUUUCCACCAUAAUUUGCAAAUAAAUUCAUUAAAAAUCCUACAAUAUGAUUUUCUGGAGAAAAGAAAUCUAAUUUUGUCUGUCAUAGUUGAUGUGUACCUAUGACGAAAAUUACAGGCCUCUCAUCUUUUUAAGUGGGAGAACUUGCACAAUUGGUGGCUGACUAAAUACUUUUUUCCCCCACUGUAAGUAUUCACACCCCUGAGUCAAUAAAUGUUAAAAUCACCUUUGGCAACGAUUACAGCUGUGAUUCUUUCUGGGAAAGUGUCUUAAGAGCUUUGCACACCUGGAUUGUACAAUAUUUGCAUAUUAUUAUUUUUGUAAUUCUUCAAGCUCUGUCAAGUUGGUUGUUGAUCAUUGCUAGACAGCCAUUUUCAAGUCUUGCCAUAGAUUUUCAAGCCGGUUUAAGUCAAAACUGUAAGUAGCCACUCAGGAACAUUCAAUGUCAUCAAGGUGGUCCUCUGUAGCUCAGCUGGUAGAGCACGGCGCUUGUAACGCCAGGGUAGUGGGUUCGAUCCCCGGGACCACCCAUACACAAAAAUGUAUGCACGCAUGACUGUAAGUCGCUUUGGAUAAAAAGCGUCUGCUAAAUGGCAUAUUAUUAUUAUUAUUAUUAUUAUUAUUAUUAAGGUAAGCAACUCCAGUGUAUAUUCAGCCUUUUGUUUUUGGUUAUUGUCCUGCUGAAAGGUGAAUUCAUCUCCCAGUGUCUGGUGGAAAGCAGACUGAACCAGGUUUUCCUCUAGAAUUUUGCCUGUGCUUAGCUCUAUUCCGUUUAUUUUGAUCCCAAAAAAAACCAAUAAUCAUCCGCCGCAGUGGAGGAGCAGGUGCUUGUGUGUGUGUGUGUGUGUGUGUGUGUGUGUGUGUGUGCAGGGACAGGGAUUGCCACUUUGGCCUCUAACCUUGGCGGAAGCACUACAGUGACCCCAAACCAUUGCACUGCUCUCAUUGACAAAUGCUAGAUUUGCUGUGUUUUGCACCAUUUAGUACCAGGUAUUUACGAUUGUUUUAUAACGGUAAGCUAGCUGUAAACUCAAUGCCGCUAAUAGAAAAAUAAUGUAAGUCACGAAUUUGUCAUGGAAACAAUUGUGUAUUCACAAUUGAAUCAGCUGGCAUAGAGAAUCUAAGCAAACCAAAAUAAUCACAAAUGAAUCACAAAUGAAAAUGCUAAAUCGAGUUUUUGUUUUAGUCAAGCAAAUGUCUUCGUCCUACAAUUAAAGUACAUGGUUAGUCCCAAAAGCAAGAAAUCCAAAAUAAUAAGCAAAAAUCAGAAUGAUCCAACAGCAAGACAAUGAAAUAAGGAUAGAUCUUACCAGGGCCCGGUGUCCCAAAAGCACCUUAAGGCUAAGUUCAUUGUUAGAACCUUCGUAGGAGCAUUGUUAAAUCUCUGAGCUUUUUCCCCAAAACCAUUGUUACUGCACUUGAAAACGCUUGUUAUUUAUCAGAACGGCUAAGUGCCUCGUUAGAUGGUUUUUUGCCCUUCCUCGUCACUUUUUAUACACAGAAGAUCUCCGCUAAACAUAGAAUCAAGAUGUUUACAGCCUUCAAAGUAUUCAUACCCGUUGACAUAUUACACAUUUUGUUGUGUUACAGCCUGAAUUCAAAAUGGAUCAAAUGCCCCCAAAAUGUAAAAUUGAGAAGGAAAAAAAACAAUUUUUUUUGCAAAUGUAUUGAAAAUUAAAUACAGAAAUAUCUCAUUUACUUAAGUAUUCACAAUACAUGUUACAUACACCUCUGGCAGCGAUUACAGCUGUGAUUCUUUCUGGGUAAGUCACACCAGGACUGUACAAUAUUUGCUGAUUAUUCUUUAAAAAUUCUUCAAGCUCUGUCAAGUUGGUUGCUAGACAGACAUUUUCAAGUCUUGCCAUAUAUUUUCAAUGGUAAGCAACUCCAGUGUAUAUUUGGCCUUGUGUUUUAGGUUAUUGUCCUGCUGAAAGGUGAAUUUGUCUCCCAAUGUCUGUUGGAAAGCAGACUGAACCAGGUUUUCCUCCGUGCUUAGCUCUAGUCCGUUUCUUUUUAUCCCAAAAAAAGCUCCUAGUCCUUGCCGAUGACAAACAUACCCAUAACAUGAUGCAGCCACCACCAUGAUUGAAAAUAUGAAGAGUGGUACUCUGUGAUGUGUUGUGUCCAUGCAACUUAUUAUGUGACUUGUUAAGCCCAUUUUUACUCCUGAACUUAUUUAGGCUUGCCAUAACAAAGGGGUUGAAUAUUUAUUGACUCAAGACAUUUCAGCUUUUCAUUUUUUAUUAAUAUGUAAAAGUGUCUAAAAACAUAAUUCCACUUUGACAUUAUGGGGUAUUGUGUGUAGGCCAGUGACACAACAUUUCAAUUUAAUCCAUUUUAAAUUCAGCCUGUAACACAACAACAUUUUCAAAAAGUCAAGGGGUGUGAAUCCUUUCUGAAUAAUCAACAUUAUUUGGAAAUAAUCAGUUGUGUUAUUUCGUCUCUUACCCCACUAACUCUCUUUCUCUCUGCAUUUUCUCUUCCUCUAUUCCUAUACCCCUCACUUCAACUAUCCCUUUCUUUUUCCCUCGCCAUUCCUCCUUCUCUCCAUCUGGCUCUUUCCCUCUUUUCCCUCCACCCCUCACUCUCCUCCAUCCCCUCUUUACAUCUCUCAGAUCAAGCUGCCUAUCCCCUCUAUGUCUCCCUCGGACUCCUUGCUGAGGACAGACUCCCUGUCCAGCACCGACCCGGUUCUCUCUGACGGGUCAGUGGGCUCGGCCCCCUCCCUGGGCCUGAGUCCUGGACCCACCGCUGGGAUGGACAUGAACAUGACCAGGAGCCAGGAGAAGAUGCAGCAGAAAGCUCAAGCCCAGGAGGUGAGUGCAUCUGCCUUUGCAUUAUUUGGAUUAUACCUGCUGUUUAGGGACAUUUUUCCCAUUAACCUCUUCUGACAUCUGGACCUAUUUAAAGGGAAAGGGCCAGGGAGUUGCAUGAAUAUCAUUUACUCACCUUUGUAUUUGGUAAAUAGUACCUAUUACGUUAUUUUUGUUUGCGUUAGUGUUUACGUCACUCACCAUCUGUAAUUUUGACCAGUGUUCAGCUUUACCCCAACUUAUUUACCACUACAUGUACAUCUCUGGUCAAGGGGGAUAUGUAGGCCUCUCUCCUAUAGGACACUAAGGGAUAGUUUCAGAGAAUCAGUAGUGAUGCAUUACGAAAAAACAACAACCAAGAUAACAUUUUUGAAUAUUUAAUCAGCAAUUAUGUUUUUUUUUUUCUUUGUUUUUUUUCUACUGAACUCACUGAUCAGUCCUUCAUUGUUGAUUUGUUGUUAUGCACUGUAGCUACAGUUUCUGAGGUUUAGGAAGAGAUUCCUUCUCAUUAGUGGGUGUACCUGAUAUAUAUUUUUAAUUAUUCAUGUUCGGCAGAGCUUCUCACUUCAAAGUGGGGAAUUUGGGCUUCGUCUCUGGGAACGACAAAGGUGUUUGAAGUGUAAAUCCGUCUGUCAUGCACAUGGUGUAGGAAUUGUCCUUUUAUUUACCUUAUAAAAAGGGUUGGGGGUGGGGGGUGAAUCACAUCAAAUCAGUAAUACUUUUACUAUGCUAAGUUUUGGGGAUUGACGCUCCGUGGUGUGUGACCAAACCUGAGAGUUUUCUCCUCUUUCCUGUCACUUUAUACACACCAGCCUGGGAGGGAGGGAUCACUUGUCUCUCUUUCUGAGGGGAAAUUAAAAACGGACAAACAUUUAGCAAAGAAAACUGAAAUAUUUCUGCUACCAAUAGGUGCCCUUCUUUGCGAGGCAUUGGAAAACCUCCCUGGUCUUUGUGGUUGAAUCUGUGUUUGAAAUUCACUGCUCGACUGAGGGACCUUACAGAUAAUUGUAUGUGUGGGGUACAGAGAUGAGGUAGUAAUUCCAACUCAUGUUAAAAACUAUUAUUUCACACAGAGUGAGUACAUGCAACUUCUUAUGUGACUUGUUAAGCAAAUUUGUAGUCCUGGACUUGCAGUAUUUAGGCUUGCCAUAACAAAGGGGUUAAAUACUUAUUGACUCAAGACAUUUCAGCUUUAGAUUUUUUAUUAUUUGCAAACAUUUCUAAAAACAUAAUUCCACUUUGACAUUAUGGGUAUUGUGUGUAGGCCAGUGACACAUAAUCUCAAUUGAAUCAAUUUAAAAUUCAGGCUGUAACACAAUAAAAUAUGGAAAAAGUCAAGGGGUGUGAAUACUUUCUAAAGGCACUGUAUAUUUAUAUUCUGUAUUUGUAUGAUAAUGGUUGGAAUCUCAUAGGAAGUCAUUAAGAUGGUACAUAUAAUGCCACAUUUUCCUAACCUUUACAUUGCCCUUUUCCAGGUGCUCAAAGCACUUAGUCACCUCAUCCUCUAUCAAUAUGUGAUUGUAGUCUGAGCGUUACAGUGUAGCAGCAGCCAUGUUUGAAAUUAGGUGUGGGGGGUGGGUAGGGCUUUUGAAUGGAUUUCUUAUGUUGGCCUAGAGAUAGAUAAGAUGGAGUCUUUUUGUGUGAGUUUGAUGUUCUGGAUUCCCAUCUGUUGAUGUCUGCUGGUUGGUCAUGGUAAAAGUAAGAUGGCGGCUGUUGCCUCAGCAACAGGGAGAGUGUGGACACAGGAAAGUGGCCAAUGAAAUGAACAGUGUGGAUUUCUGUGCGAUUUGCAGGGGUAGGGGGGUGAGGAGCGGAAUCCCCCAUCUAAUUCAAUCCCUCCCUAACUCUCAUCACUUGCCUUUUACUCAUUGUAAAGCGGUUGUAAUUGCAAAAAUAUAUGGGUAUCAAUUGACUGUAAUGCCUUUAGAACAUAAUGCAGUAAGUUUAAUUGAUGAGAUGAUACAUUUUAACAGUGGUGCAACAAAGACUGUUGUUUUGUCUUAAUCAAGUGUGUUCAGAUGUCCAUAUUGAUUGAAGCGUGUUGAACAGCCAAAACAGCGGUGACCGGUUUCCUCACGUCACUCUAUAGAACAUGGAAUAUAACUUCAACUAGACAACAAUGCAAAGUCAAUCAAUCAAUUAAUUGACAUUUGACAUUUUGACAUUUUAGUCAUUUAGCAGACGCUCUUAUCCAGAGCGACUUACAGGAGCAAUUAGGGUUAAGUGCCUUGCUUAAGGGCACAUCGACAGAUUUUUCAAUUGAAUCAUUCAUUCAACCUCUCUUGUAGCAGACAGCAGUGCCGAUAUGCCAAAUAAAUGUACAUGUAAAUGUUACCCCAUGAAACAAGUGGGCCGGACACUGCUUUUGAUUGAAUAUGGGUUUAGCUUUUUUGAACAUAUGAUUAAUGUCUUUGCUUUGUGUCCACCACAGAUGACGUGGGAGAGGGACAUGGAUGAGCAGCUCACCCCAGAGGCCUGGGCUGUCAUGAAGAAGCUCUCCAACACGGUGAGAAACCUCAAUCCGUCCCUAGCUACACCUCCUAAUAACCCACAGUAUCAUCUAUAAUUCACUACUCAAGUCACAUAACUCAGAGAUCCCUUCAGCGCUGGGUAACUCGCCAGGCAAGAAGGCUGCAGGACAGGCCCUACCCCAGUCAGAACAGUGGUGGGCUAACGUCGACUGGAACACAAACAUCCAAAGGAAAGUUUAUAUGUGUAGUUAGAGUUUGUGGGUAGGGGGGUACAGGGCUCCACAAGUUAUAUUUUAAGCUUCACAGUGAAGUCGGGGAAAGACAAAAGAGAACGCAAUGGUGUGUGGGGCGCAGGUAGCUUAGUGGUUAAGAGCGUUGUGCCAUUAACCGAAAGGUCACUGGUUCUAAUCCCCGAGCCGACUAGGUGAAAAAUCUGUCGAUGUGCCCUUGAGCAAGGCACUUAACCCUAAUUGCUCCUGUAAGUCGCUCUGGAUAAGAGCGUCUGCUAAAUGACUAAAAAUAAGACUCCAGCCAUAGACUGUUCUCUCUGCUACCGCACAGCAAGUGGUACCGGAGCGCCAAGUCUAGGUCCAAGAGGCUUCUAAACAGCUUCUACCCCCAAGCCAUAAGAUUCCUGAACAGCUAAUCAAAUGGCUACCCAGACUAUUUGCAUUGCCCCCCCCCCCCCCCACCCCCCCAUUUAAAGUUUGAUUUGAUUUAGUCCUAUUCUAUAACUUAGAUUUUUGGUUGAGGUGGAGACGUGAAUCCAACAUAUAAAUUAUUAAUUUGUAGACAAACAGGAAUUAAAGCCAGUCCAAGCAGAAGAUCAAAAUCUUCUUCAAAUGUUGAUAUUUGGUUGCAUUGACAACCAAACACAAUUCAAUAUCACUUUCGAAAUACAAUAAUAUGAGUAACACAUCCAUGGUCACAUUUUGAUGUUACUGUAACUUAACAUUUCUACUGUAAUCAUAUAAAGCGUGCAUGUUCAAGAUAGCAUGCAUAGGUCAUCGCAGGUCUGUGGAGAUCUUCACAACUGCUGUAAUAAUCUCUGCAGAAUCUCGAGCGGCAUUAAUCACUUGCACCUUGUACUUUUAAUGUAAUCUCAACUGCAAUCCAGGUCAUUUGGUUCUGCUAUUAGAUGAAGCACAGGGAUAUCACAUUAAUAAUCUAUUGUAUAAAUGAACAAAAUAUCUGACUUUGUAUUCCCAUUUGAACUUUGCUGUGCAUUUAUAUGGUUGAAAGCGCAGUGAUAGACAUUUGGAUGACAACUAAACCAAAAAUCGGACAUUGUUUUGGUUAAUUUGGUUGUGCUUUUAGGUGGUUGAAAGCAUAGUGAUAACACAUUGGAAAACUUUUGGCUUUUUUUUGAGUGGUUGAAUAUAGGUUGUAAUCUCAUUGAUCAACGUCUCAACCAAAUAUUUGCCAAUUAUCCACGUUGAAAUGACGCAGUGUGCCCAGAGAGAUACCACUUACAUCUGAAAAAUGUGCCAAAGUGAUUGAGAAAAAAAAACUGUCAGGACAGCCAAAACAGAUGACUUCACCAUUUGGCUGUGCUUUGAAGAUGCAUUAGAGGUGUGUGAAUGUGUGUGUGUGUAUCUACAUAGAGCUGUGUGUGUGAGGUUGUGUGUAAGGCUCUGUGUGUGUGUGUGUGCAUAUCGGCAGCCUAUAGAGGGCGAUGUGGAGACGUGAGUCUGAGGUGAUUGACAGCCAGCCUCUCUGACUGACAAUAAAACAGAGAGAAAGGGAGAGGAGAGAGAAGGCUGUUGCCAGGGUAGCCGUUGCCACAGUUACCCAAUUAUAUUUUCUUACCACCCUCAGAUCCCCCCUGCUGUUGGUAAGGUGAACUACCUCUAUUCAGAGGAAGAGAAAGGUUUCUAAACCCCAACACGAAGCAUGGAAAAAUACAGUUAUAUAGCAUUUAGGGAGAUAUUACCAUUGGUUUCUGUCCAAGCUUUAUUAUAAUAAUAUUUAAAAAUCUCUCACCUAUAUACCCCUUUUUUUUUUCUCUCUCUUUUCCCAUUCAUACCUUUUCCUCAUUAUUUCUCCUGCCAUUCCUUUUCUUGUUAUUUCUUUCCUCCCCUGUCUUAUCUGCACCUCACCUUUCCUCCCCUGUCUUAUCUGCACCUCACCUUUCCUCCCCUGUCUUAUCUGCACCUCACCUUUCCUCCCCUGUCUUAUCUGCACCUCACCUUUGCUUUCCCCUCUCUUUUCUCCUCUCCUCAUCUCCUCUCUCCCCUCCUCUUAGACGGAGGACAAGCCCCCGGAGCUGAAGUCUAAUUUCAUGGCCUCCUUCCUGGACUUCCUCAAGACGGGGAAGAAGCAGCCUGAAUCUGGACCUGGUGGACCACAAGACCUCGGAGGGCCGGUGGAAGGAGCUGAAACCACAGACUCUUCCUCCCUGAAGGGUAGGAUCCUGCCCCUGUCCCCACCUCCCCCUCCACCGCCCCCUCCUCCACCCCCUCCGUUUGGGGACAGUAGCGAGGGCGAGGAUGGGCUGAGCCCCUGCAAGCGUCUGGAGGACGAGCUGAAGAGGAACCUGGAGACGCUGCCGUCCUUCUCCUCCGACGAGGAGGAGGACUCUGUCAGUAAGAACCAGGACCUGCAGAAGAGCAUCUCCUCGGCAAUAUCUGCCCUUUACGACACGCCCCAUUCGCUGGCUGCAGCCGUGGCCCCACCCCCACCCAGCCCAUCUCCACCCCAGAGCCCAUCGCUGCCACCAACGCCGCCACUCGUGGCCGAAACGCAGGAGGACUUGGCCGAUCUGGAGGAGCAGGACGAUGCCGUGGCGACACACAUGCAACUUCACAACGCGCAGGCCAACGCACAGCCAAAUACACCGUCCCCAGAACAGGUUGGACUGAAUGGAAUGGACGGAGAGGACGAACAACAAGUGGAGAUGGAGGAAGAGGAGGAGAUGGAGAAGGAGGAGAGGGUAAAGGAAGAUGAGAAUGUAGAGCGCGGGGGUGUGGAGGAAGAGGUAGAGGAGAGGGAAGAGGAGGAGGAAGGGGAGGAGAGAGAGCCUGAGUUUGAGAUGCUGGAUGCUCCUAAAGUGGAAGGUGAGUAGCCUACAAUCUCAGAUAUUCUGAAAUGGUCUGACAAACAGUAGUUCAUUUCCAAAGAUGUAAUAUACUCUGAACCCCUCCCUAGAUUCUCCAUCCGGGCCGCCCCUCGCCCCCGCACCCCCCUCUCCCCCAUCCCUCUCCCCGUCCCCUCUCACUUCUUCCUCCCCGUCCCCCCUACCUCCCCCACCCCUCUCCCCACCCUCCCCUCUGCCCUUCCAGCAUGUGGAUGAUGAAGAGGAGCAACAGCAGCCAUCCCCCCACCACAACCCCUCCGCCUCUCCUCCCCCCAGCUCCUCUCCCCCGAAUCUUCCCUCUCCACCCUCCCCUUCCCCUGCAAUGCCCCCCUCCGCUACCCCCCCUCCCUCCUCCUCCUCCCCUCCCCUUUCGGAUGCUCCAGAGCUGGCCCAGCCUUCCUCCUCGCCCUCCUCUUCCCCACCCUCACCCCCGACCCCUGAGGAUGCGCCAGCCCCCAAGAUCACCUCUCUGCACCUGGCCAAAAAGCAGGACAAUGCGGCCAUCGCUGGAGAGAGCGAGGAGGAGGACAGCGAGAGUGGCGGCGAGGGCAUCUUCCGGGAGAGGGACGAGUUUGUGGUGCGGACAGAGGACAUUGGAACGCUUAAGGUGAGGGCUUCUGGCAUUCACUGUGGGGGGUGGUAUGUCUUGUCUUCUCACACACACUUACAAUGCCUUCAGAAAGUAUUCACAUUCCUUGACUUUUUCCACAUUUUGUUGUGUUACAGCCUGCAUUUAACAUGUAUUACAUUUAGAUUUUGGGUCACUGGCCUACACACAAUACCCCAUAAUAUCAAAGUGGGAUCAUGUUUUUAGAAUUUUUUACAAACUAAUAAAAAAUGAAAAGCUGAAAUGUCUUGAGUCAAUAAGUAUUCAACCCCUUUGUUAUGGCAAGCCUACAAAUGUGCUUAACAAGUCACAUAAUAAGUUGCAUGGACUCCCUCUGUGUGCAAUAAUAGUGUUUAACAUGAUUUUGAAUAACUACCUCAUCUCUGUACCCCGCACAUACAAUUAUCUGUAAAGUCCCUCAGUUUAACAGUGAAUUUCAAACACAGAUUCAACCACAAAGACCAGGGAGAUUUUCCAAUGCCUCGCAAAGAAGGGCACCUAUUGGUAGAUGGGUAAAAAAACUACAACAUUGAAUAUCCCUUUGAGCAUGGUGAAGUUAUUAGUCCUUAAGAGACGCACCCGUGCGUCAAUCUAAGUAACAUAAUUAAAAAAUCCCCAUCAAAAUCCUUCAGUUUAAGCUAGAGAUAUCAGUCCACCGCGUCCGACUAUGUCGGCCUUCCGCAUCUGCGGUGGAAGGUGGCCGAGCUACAGCGGUGUUUGUCAGACCAAGAGACAUCCCGAAAAUCGGUCUUCUCAUGAAAACAUCUGUAGCGUCCGAGCCGCUCUUGUCUGAAGUCGGUAACGCUGAUGUGACAACUUCUGUCUGUAGCGUCCAACCGUUUGGGCAACAAACUAAUAUCAGUUUUGCUCUACGACCCCCACAAGUGUCACAGGACUCAUCUGAAGGUAAAUGAAUGGAAGUAUGGAGGUAGUUUUGUGCCAAUAAAAAUAAGGGGUUAAAUAUGUGUAAAAAAUUAAUAAAACGUAUGUAUUUCCUGAGCUUAUAUCUCAUAGAUAUAGGACAGACACUUCAAAACGUUAUUCUUUAUUCUUUAUUUUUUGACUAUUUAUUUGCCAUUUAUGAACGUGAUUUUCAAUGCGUUUCUAUGGGCUAUAGUAGUAAAGGCCAAGUUCAAUAUUUUAUCAAAUAAUACAAAAGGGGUCUUAAAAUUCAAAAUCAAAUAGCUAAAUGAUCCAUGGCAUGACCAUGUUAAAACAAUCCCGCCCCUCCCCAGAGGAUAAUUACACUUUGGAUGGUGUAUCAAUACACCCAGUCACUACAAAGAUACAGGUGUUCUUCCUAACUCAGUUGCCGGAGAGGAAGGAAACUGCUCAGGGAUUUCACCAUGAGGACAAUGGUGACUUUAAAACAGUUACAGAGUUUAAUGGCUGUGCUAGGAGAAAACUGAGGAUGGAUCAACAACAUUGUAGUUACUCCACAAUACUAACCUAAAUGACAGAGUGAAAAGAAGGAAGCCUGUACAUAAUACAAAUAUUCCAAAACAUGCAUCCUGUUUGCAAUAAGGCACUAAAGUAAAACUACAAAAAAUGUGGCAAAGAAAUGAAUACUAAGCGUUAUGUUUGGGUGGUGGUGACUGCAUCAUGUUAUGGGUAUGGUUGUCAUUGGCAAGGGAGUUUUUUUGGGGAUAAAAUAAACGGAAUAGAGCUAAGCACAGGGAAAAUUCUAGAGGAAAACCUGGUUCAGUCUGCUUUCCAACAGAUACUGGGAGACAAAUUCACCUUUCAGCAGGACAAUCACCUAAAACACAAGGCCAAAUAUACACUGGAGUUACUUACCAAGACGACAUUGAAUGUUCCUGAGUGGCCUAGUUACAGUUUUGACUUAAAUCGGCUUGACAAUCUAUGGCAAGACUUGAAAAUGGCUGUCUAGCAAUGAUCAACAACCAACUUGACAGAGCUUGAAUAAGUUAAAAAAUAAUAAUGUGCAAAUAUUGUACAAUCCAGGUGUGCAAAGCUCUUAGAGACUCCCAGCUGUAAUUGCUGCCAAAGGUGAUUCUAACGUGUAUUGACUCAGGGGUAGCACUCACCUCUGUCAUCAUGGAGUGCUUUGAGAGACUAGUCAAGGAUCAUAUCACCUCUAUCUUACCUGUCACCCUAGACCCACUUCAAUUUACUUACCGCCGAUGCAAUUGCCAUCACACUGCCCUAUCCCAUCUGGACAAGAGGAAUACCUAUGUAAGAAUGCUGUUCAUUGACUAUAGCUCAGCAUUCAACACCAUAGUACCCUCCAAGCUCAUCAUUAAGCUCGAGGCCCUGGGUCUGAACCCCGCCCUGUGCAACUGGGUCCUGGACUUCCUGACUGGCCGCCCCAGGUGGUGAAUGUAGGAAACAACAUCUCCACUUCGCUGAUCCUCAACACUGGGGCCCCACAAGGGUGCGUGCUCAGCCCCCUCCUGUACUCCCUGUUCACCCAUGACUGCGUGGCCAAGCACGCCUCCAUCUCAAUCAUCAAGUUUGCAGACGACACAACAAUAGUAGGCUUGAUUACCAACAAUGACGAGACCGCCUACAGGGAGGAGGUGAGGGCUCUGGGAGUGUGUUGCCAGGAAAAUAACAGCUCACUCAACGUCAACAAAACAAAGGAGAUGAUUGUGGACUUCAGGAAACAGCAGAGGGUGCACCCCCCUAUCCACAUCGACGGGACCGCAGUGGAGAAGGUGGAAAGUUUCAUUGGCGUACACAUCACUGACAAACUGAAAUGGUCCACCCACGCAGACAGUGUGGUGAAGAAGGCGCAACAGAGCCUCUUCAAACUCAGGAGGCUGAAGAAAUUUGGCUUGGCACCUAAAACUCUCACAAACUUUUACAGAUGCACAAUUGAGAGCAUCCUGUCGGGUUGUAUCACCGCUUAGUACGGCAACUGCACCGCCCGCAACCGCAGGGCUCUCCAGAGGGUGGUGCGGUCUGCCGAAUGCAUUACCUAGGACACCUAGAGCACCCGAUGUCACAGGAAGGCCAAAAAGAUCAUCAAGGACAUCAACCACCCGAGCCACUGCCAGUUCACCCCGCUAUCAUCCAGAAGGCGAGGUCAGUACAGGUGCAUCAAAGCUGGGACCGAGAGAUUGAAAAACAGCUUCUAUCUCAAGGCCAUCAGACUGUUAAAUAGCCAUCACUAGCACAUUAGAGGCUGCUGCUGCCUAUUGAAAUCACUGGCCACUUUAAGAAAUGGAACACUAGUCACUUUAAUAAUGUUUACGUAUCUUGCAUUACUCAUCUCAUAUGUAUAUACUGCAUUCUAUUCAAUAAUAUUAUACUGUAUCUUAGUCCAUGCCGCUCUGUCAUUGCUUGUCUGUAUAUGUAUAUAUUCUUAAUUCCAUUCCUUACUUAGAUUUGUGUGCAUUGGGUAUAUGUUGUGAAAUUGUUCGAUAUUACUUGUUAGAUAUUACUGCACUGUCAGAGCUAGAACCACAAGCAUUUCGCUACACCCGCAAUAACAUCUGCUAAACACGUGUAUGUGACAAAUACAAUGUGAUUUGAUUUGAUUUGGGUGUGAAUACUUAUGUAAAUGAGAAAUUCCUGUAUUUCAUUUUCAAUACAUUUGCAAACAUUUCUAAAAACAUGUUUCCACUUUGUCAGUAUGGGGUAUUGCGUGUAGAUGGGUGAGAAGAAAGAUCUAUUUAAGCUAUAUUGAAUUCAGUCUGUAACACAACAAAAUGUAAAAUAGGUCAAAGGGUAUGAAUACUUUCUGUAGGCACUGUACACACUCUCUUUGUCUCUGCAGAUGGCCCUGCAGACCGGCCGUGAGCCACCGCCCAUCUGGAGAGUGCAGAAAGCCCUGCUGCAGAAGUUCAGCCCCGAGAUCAAAGACGGACAGAGGCAGUUCUGUGCCACCAGCAACGUGAGUUACUCACAUCCCCCUUAAAACAGGAGAAUCUCUCAUUCUCUUUAAUCUUAAAGUACAAUCCAGCGAUGGAUGCAAGGAUUUACAAUCCAGCAUGAGAUUGUCUUGAUAGUUGUACAUAUAUUUUGAAGCUACACAUUGUUUGUUUAUAAUGACUCAAAUGAUUAUCUCUCUAUACAUAUUUCUCUCCCUUUCUCUCUCUCUCUCUCAGUAUCUGGGCUACUUUGGCGAUGCCAAGAUGCGGUACCAACGUCUCUAUGUCAAGUUCCUGGAGAAUUUCAAUAAAAAGGAUUAUGUCCGUGUGUGCUCACGGAAACCCUGGCACAGACCUGGACUCAUGUUGAGGUAGGUUUGUGCUGUUUGUCCCUGCGUGUUUGCCGUACUCCUCUGGGUCUUGAUUCAUACGUGCCCAACCCCAUGUAGAACCGUAGCCCUACCCCCAUGCACUUGUGUAGAUCUGAAAUUAUUAGAUAGGUGUAACUGUAAGCAAUAUCCUGCAAAAUUACUAAUUUCUGUGUACCUUGACAGGCGUCAAUCACUCCCAUCGCUCCCCAAGCCACCUCCCCCUGCCCUCAGUCAAACUCCACCCCGAUUGGAGCGUGAUGAGAGGGAGCGGAAGGAGAAAGAGAAGGAUCAGAAAGAGAGGGAGCAGAAAGAGAAGGAGCAGAAAGAGAAGGAGCAAAAAGAGAGGAAGCAGAAAGAGAGAGAGCAGAAAGAGAGAGAGCAGAAAGAGAAGAGCAGAAAGAGAAGGAGCAGAAAGAGAAGGAGCAGAAAGAGAAAGAGAAGGAGCAAAAAGAGAGAGAGCAAAAGAGAGGAGCAGAAAGAGAGGAGCAGAAAGAGAGGAGCAGAAAGAGAGGAAGCAGAAAGAGAGAGAGCAAAAAGAGAGAGAGCAGAAAGAGAGGGAGAGGAGGGAAAAAGAAAAGGAGCGAGAGAGGGAAAAGGAGAGACAGCGAGAGAAGGAGAAGAAGGAGAGAGAAGAAAAAGAGAAGAGGCCACCUCAGGAGAAGGUGGAGAGAAGGAGCAGUGAAGAGGACCGAAAGAGAGUGAGGGAGGAGAAGAGGGGAGGAGGAGAGAAGAAGACAGAGCGCCCGUCGAGGGCGAGGCCCGUGAAGGCAGAGCCUCCACCCAAGAAGAGGAAGAAGUGGCUGAAGGAAGUCCCCUCUGACUCAGACUCCUCCCCCGAUGGGCCCAGUGAGGACCAAGGUGAGGGACUGUGUAUGUUUGUGUGUGUAACUGUGUGUUAAUGCAAUUUUGGUAUGUACAGUGGGGAAAAAAAGUAUUUAGUCACCCACCAAUUGUGCAAGUUCUCCCACUUAAAAAGAUGAGAGAGGCCUGUAAUUUUCAUCAUAGGUACACGUCAACUAUGACAGACAAAUUCAGAAAAGAAAAUCCAGAAAAUCACAUUGUAGGAUUUUUAAUGAAUUUAUUUGCAAAUUAUGGUGGAAAAUAAGUAUUUGGUCACCUACAAACAAGCAGGAUUUCUGGCUCUCACAGACCUGUAACUUCUUCUUUAAGAGGCUCCUCUGUCCUCCACUCGUUACCUGUAUUAAUGGCACCUGUUUGAACUUGUUAUCAGUAUAAAAGACACCUGUCCACAACCUCAAACAGUCACACUCCAAACUCCACUAUGGCCAAGACCAAAGAGCUGUCAAAGGACACCAGAAACAAAAUUGUAGACCUGCACCAGGCUGGGAAGACUGAAUCUGCAAUAGGUAAGCAGCUUGGUUUGAAUAAAUCAACUGUGGGAGCAAUUAUUAGGAAAUGGAAGACAUACAAGACCACUGAUAAUCUCCCUCGAUCUGGGGCUCCACGCAAGAUCUCACCCCGUGGGGUCAAAAUGAUCACAAGAACGGUGAGCAAAAAUCCCAGAACCACACGGGGGGGACCUAGUGAAUGACAUGCAGAGAGCUGGGACCAAAGUAACAAAGCCUACCAUCAGUAACACACUACGCCGCCAGGGACUCAAAUCCUGCACUGCAAGACGUGUCCCCCUGCUUGUCCAGGCCCAUCUGAAGUUUGCUAGAGUGCAUUUGGAUGAUCCAGAAGAGGAUUGGGAGAAUGUCAUAUGGUCAGAUGAAACCAAAAUAUAACUUUUUGGUAAAAACUCAACUCGUCAUGUUUGGAGGACAAAGAAUGCUGAGUUGCAUCCAAAGAACACCAUACCUACUGUGAAGCAUGGGGGUGGAAACAUCAUGCUUUGGGGCUGUUUUUCUGCAAAGGGACCAGGACGACUGAUCCGUGUAAAGGAAAGAAUGAAUGGGGCCAUGUAUCGUGAGAUUUUGAGUGAAAACCUCCUUCCAUCAGCAAGGGCAUUGAAGAUGAAACGUGGCUGGGUCUUUCAGCAUGACAAUGAUCCCAAACACACCGCCCGGGCAACGAAGGAGUGGCUUCGUAAGAAGCAUUUCAAGGUCCUGGAGUGGCCUAGCCAGUCUCCAGAUCUCAACCCCAUAGAAAAUCUUUGGAGGGAGUUGAAAGUCUGUUGCCCAGCGACAGCCCCAAAACAUCACUGCUCUAGAGGAGAUCUGCAUGGAGGAAUGGGCCAAAAUACCAGCAACAGUGUGUGAAAACCUUGUGAAGACUUACAGAAAACGUUUGACCUGUGUCAUUGUCAACAAAGGGUAUAUAACAAAGUAUUGAGAAACUUUUGUUAUUGACCAAAUACUUAUUUUCCACCAUAAUUUGCAAAUAAAUUCAUUACAAAUCCUACAAUGUGAUUUUCUGGAUUUUUUUUUCUCAUUUUGUCUGUCAUAGUUGAUGUGUACCUAUGAUGAAAAUUACAGGCCUCUCUCAUCUUUUUAAGUGGGAGAACUUGCACAAUUGGUGGUUGACUAAAUACUUUUUUUCCCCACUGUAUAUUGAUAUAUAAUGCCAUGGCUAUAAUUCAGAGAGUUAAGUCUUGUGACGCACUGGAGCCCCAGGUUCAAACCCACUCAGUGACAUAUUCUCUCUCUCGCUCGCUCUCUCUGUCUCUCUCUCUCUGUGUCUCUCUCUCUCUGUGUCUCUCUGUCUCUCCCCUGUAGCCCCAGUGAGAGGGGGGGUGAACAGUCGAGCCAUGAGGGAGAUGUUCAGGAGUUACAUAGAGAUGCUGGUCAGUACGGCACUUGACCCCGACAUGAUUCAAGCCCUGGAGGACACAGACGGUGAGAGGGAUGGGGUCGUGGUGUGAGCAGACGAUUGGGUGAUGAUGUGAUCAGGUUUGGGGUCAAAUCAAUUUCAAUUCAGUCAAUUCAAGAAGUAAACUGAAAUUACAUUUUUCUCAAUGCUUCUCUAUGAUAAUUUGGAAUUAAAAUUUCAGUUUACUUUGUGAAUUGACUGAAUUCAAAUGGAAUUUACCCCAACCCUGGGUGUGAGAGAAAGAGUAUUGAUCAAAAAGAAGUGAAUGAGAGUAGGAUUAAGGAAGAACGAUGUCAUGAGAUAAGUCAUAAGGACUCUAUGUCCCUCCCUCUCUGGCCCCCAGACGAGUUGUACCUCCCACCCAUGAGGAAGAUUGACAGCCUCCUCAACGAACAAAAGAGGAGACUGUUAAGGAGAGUCAACAUGAGUGGCCAACACCAGGUACGUCUGUCUGUUUAGUUGUAGAAAUGCUGAUACCUGAUGUGAUACCUAACUAUGAAAAGUAUCUGUUGUGUUUCGAGUUUUACCAUAUCUCCAUUCAACUUUCUCACUAUCAUAUUGACAAGUGAAAGCUUUAAAACAGUUGAUAUUACUACUUCUCCCUCACCCCUUCGCUCCCUCCGUCUUUAUAUUUUUCCUCUUUAGGAGACUCUGCAUAUGUUCCCCAAAAUGACGGCGGACCCCCUGGACUCUGGAGCGGUCAAAGUGCACCUCGGCGGUGAGUGCUACAACCGUAAAACCCUCAACCGCGUCAAGAAGAGCACCACGCCCAAACAGCAGGUGCGUGAACCACAUCCGGUCAUGAACUCUUUGACUUUAGUAUCCCACCGCUGACACCAAUGUAUCCAAUCUGUGGCACUGUGGCUAAACCUAGCCUCGAAAAAUUGUGCCUGUGUGUUGUGGAAGCCGAGUAGAAGAGACAAUUCUGUCUCACAAGAACUGGAUUAAUAAAGUCUGGACCUGUUAGUCACUUUGUUUUGUACAUUAACUUGUAUCUCAGUGGUUUUAACUCGAUCCCGUUGGUGCAAACAAAGCCAAACCAUGCCGCCGUCCUUCUUUACACUUGCGUCGUCUCGUUUCUUCUAGUCUCGCGUAGCCAGACCUCCAAAAAUCUUGUUGUCACGUCCUUUGGAGGUCUGGAGAAUUUUGUAUAAGCCGAAACGCUUUGAAUGGUCCGCCGGCUUCCAGCGGCUACAUCUUUAGGGAUUUGACAUUUCAAGAACCCUCCCUCCACAUGGCCGUUGAAGGAGUGCUGCGUGUUAAGCCCCGCCCAAGCAAAGCAUUUGGUUGAUUUGAUGUGUUUGAUUGGUGCUGCUGCGUGCUAAGCGCCGCCCAAGCAAUGCAUUUGAUCGGUUUGACGUUUUGCAAGGCUUCACUGAUUUACACCGGGUCUCCACCCCUUUUUUAGCCACUUUCGGCCAUAGACUUCACCAGGCUUCCCGAUCAGGGAAACCCGGUUCUCGACGAGGCUGUUUCUUCUUUUAACGUUGUUCAAGUGUACUUGUAUUUUUAGUGGUCCUCUGAAAGUAUGUGAAGGGUGAAUACAUAGUAGACUUUUCCCUAUUCUACCUCAGUCCAAGAGAACCCGGGGAGAUUCCCUAAUAAAUGAUUUCCUCCAUCCCUUUUUCCCCUCAGGACCUCAAGCUGUCCACAGAGACGUGUCGUGUCUAUCGCCUGUAUCAUUCCCUCCACCACUACAAGUAUCACACCUUCCUGAACUGCAAGAAGGAGGUAAGACUCAGCAGCACAAUCGCUUUUCACAACACUGACCUUCCCAACACCCUUCUCUUUCCUCUACGGCGUUGUUGUUCUUCUCUACUGUCUUCCCGUCUCUCUCUCGCUCUCGGUUUCCGUGGUGGUAAGAAUCAUUCAAAUGGAGCAUUUAUGUAUUUAGUCCUUUUGUUGUGAAAGGUUGGCUGUCGUUUGUGGGUGGCUGUGUUGUGCUUGUGUACAAAUAAUUACAUUUACAUUUACAUCAUUUAGCAGACGCUCUUAUCCAGAGCGACUUACAAAUUGGUGCAUUCAACUUAUGAUAGCAAGUGGGACAACCACUUAUUAUUAUUAUUAUUAUUAUUAUUAAUUAUUUUUUUAUGUGGGGUGGGGGAAGAAGGAUUACUUUUAUACUAUUCCAGGUAUUCCUUAAAGAGGUAGGGUUUCAAGUGUCUCCGGAAGGUGGUCAGUGACUCCGCUGUCCUGGCGUCGUGAGGGAGCUUGUUCCACCAUUGGGGUGCCAGAGCAGCAAAUAGCUUUGACUGGGCUGAGCGGGAACUGUGCUUCCGUAGAGGUAGGGGAGCUAGCAGGCCAGAGGUGGAUAAAUGUAGUGCCCUCGUUUGGUCUGAUCAGAGCCUGAAGGUAAGGAAGUGCCGUUCCCCUCACAGCUCUGUAGGCAAGCACAAUGGUCUUGUAGUAGAUGCAAGCCUCAACUGGAAGCCAGUGGAGUGUGCGGAGGAGCGGGGUGACGUGGGAAGAAUCACUCUAUUAUCCAUCCUAGAGUGGAUAUUUGACUUGCAUAACAUCAAUUCAUGUUAGAUGUAUAUUCAACAUGUCUAUACUCUGGCCUUGAAGACUGAAUAAAGUGGUAAAUAGAUUGAAUUGAGAAUAAAGGUUUUGAAGUACGGUAAAAUACACUAUAUGACCAAAAGUAUGUGGACACCUGCUCGUCUAACAUCUCAUUCCAAAAUCAUGGGCCUCCACUCUUCUGGGAAGGCUUUCUACUAGAUGUUGGAACAUUGCUGCGGGGACUUGCUUCCAUUCAGCCACAAGAGCAUUUGUGCGGUCGGGCACUGAUGUUGGGCAGUCGGCGUUCCAAUUCAAUUCAAAGGUGUUCGAUGUUGUCAGGGCUCUGUGCAGGCCAGUCAAGUUCUUCCAAACCGAUCUCAAUAAACAAUUUCGGUAUAAAUCUCGCUUUGUGCAUGGCAGCAUUGUCAUGCUGAAACAGGAAAGGGCCUUCCCCAAACUGUUGCCACAAAGUUUGAAGCACAGAAUCGUCUAGAAUGUCAUUGUAUGCUGAGCGUUAAGAUUUCCCUUCACUGGAACCUAGCCCAAACAAUGAAAAACAGCCCCAGACCAUUAUUCCUCCUCCACCAAACAUUACAAUUGGCGCUAUGCAUUGGGGCAGGUAGCGUUCUACUGGCAUCUGCCAAACCCAGAUUUGUCAGUCGGACUGCCAUAUGGUGAAGCGUGAUUCACUCCAUGAAUCACUCCAGAAAACGCGUUUCCACUGCUCCAGAGGCCAAUGGCGGCGAGCUUUACACCACUCCAGCCGACACUUGGCAUUGCGCAUGGUGAUCCUAGGCUUUUGUGCGGCUGCUCGAACAGUUCUUGUGCUGACUUUGCUUCCAGAGGCAGUUUGGAAUGCUUCAGUAAGGCCAUUCUACUGCCAAUGUUUGUCUAUGGAGAUUGCCUGGCUGUGUGCUCGAUUUUAUACACCUGUCAGCAACGGGUGUGGCUGAAAUAGCCGAAUCCACUAAUUUGAAGAGCCACAUACUUUUGUAUAUAUACUGUAAAUAAGCAAGUGAAUUUCAAUAGCAAAAUAAUCGAAUGUCUUUCUUGGAGGAUAAUUAACUAUUCUAUUCUCUCCCCCCCCCCCCCCCCCCCCCCAGACGGACAGUAUAGAGCAGGCAGCGGAGGACCCUGGGCAGGAGGAGGUGGUGCAGCAGUGUAUGGCCAACCAGGACUGGCUGGAGACCCUCUUCAACUCCUUCAUCGACCUGCUGACCCUCAGCACCAAAGCCUGAUGAGGGAGGAGGGGGCCGCGUCCAAAAUAUUACCCUAUUCCCUACAUAGAGCACUACAAUUCCCCAGGGCCUAUAUGGAGAAUAGGGUGUCAUUUGGAAAGCAGAAUGUGGGUUGGAGAAGGGAAGGGAGGGAGGAGGUAUACAGUAUUUGGGAGACAAAGCAAGAGAGUUGGAGUGGAGAACACUGGACUGUACCAAGAUGGAGAGAGAGGGGGGUUUCAGAUCCUACCACUCUAGUUCUUGCCCAGCGAGAAAGAGAGAACAGGCAAUGUUCGGUCUGUGAGUACGGUUGAGUUUUAACUUAAAAUGGAUGCUACAAUGAACUGUUUUUAGCGCUUUUGUUGACUUUUUCUCUCACAAAGUAUCUCUUGACUAAAGAAAAGAGAAGGACUGAGGAGUGCGGAGGAGGCGGAGUGAAAAUAGUGAAUGUGUGAAAGGGUACGACGUCUGCCACUUGACCUGAACAGGGAAAGCAGGGGACCACCGUGAAUCAGUCAGCACUACAGGAAAGAUUGCGAUCUACAUCCAAACAUGCACGGGCACACACACCAACAUACAAACACUAUAUAUAUAUAUAUACGUAUAUGUAUUAAUAAUUAUGAUUUGUAUUAUUUAUACAAGGAAAUUACCCUCCCUAGCUGGGAUUGUUUGCUGUUGUUAUUUUAAAUAAUGUUUUAUUAGGGUAUACAUGAAAUGGCCUACCCGAAAUCCUUUGCUCAGUCCCCCUUUACUGCUGAAGGAAACAACGAGUGGAGGAGGGGAAAGGGAUGGUUAGUGGAGUGUGUGAUGUUCCCUUUUUUCUGUCUGCUUAAAUAAAUUGUGAGGGGGAAAAAUGUAUUUAAAAACUAAGCAAAUUGUGUUCUUUAUGUUUGUUCUUCAAAAGACAAUGAGAGCAGAGUUUACACCUGAAGUUAAAAUUAAAAUAAAUAUCUGUUCGCUUUCUAAAAGAAAGCACUGUGGUUUUAGGGAGGUGUAACGGUUAAAAAGCGUAUAAAAUCUGUGUUGACUGUUUUUAUUUGAUCUUUGUUGUUUAUGAUAAUUAUUAUUUUGGAGGUUUACCUAUUUGUUCAAGCUCUUUUUUCUCUGUAAAUAUUGUACAGUUACUUCAGUCUCUAAAGCCCAGUUCCUCUUCUGUACAUGAUAUUCCUGUAUUUGACAAAAGCAAAUAAAAAUUUGAAAAUGACGGGGGAAAACAACUUUAGCUGUAAUUUUGUUUUUCCUCCUAAAGCUUUAUAAGAGAAUGCAGUAUAGUAAGUGUGUGGUUGACCACAUAUCAGGGUUGGGGUCAAAUCCAUUUAAAUUCCAGUCAAUUAAAAUUGUACACUAAAAUUGCAAUUCCAAUGAGGAACAUUUUGAAAUUGGAAUUUGGUGUACUUUCUGAUUUGGCUGGAAAUAGGAUUUCCCCAACCCUGAACCACAUGUACUAUUGUUAGUAAAGUACACUAUAUAUACAAAAGUAUGUGGACAACCCUUCAACUGAGUGGAUUCGGCUAUUUCAGCCCCACCCGUUGCUGACAGGUGUAUAAAAUCGAGCACACAGCAAUGCAAUCUCCAUAGACAAAUAUUGGCAGUAGAAUGGCCUUACUGAAGAGCUCAGUGACUUUCAACGUGGCACCGUCAUAGGAUGCCACCUUUCCAACAAGUCAGUUCGUCAAAUUUCUUCCCUGCUAGAGGUGUCCCGGUCAACUGUAAGUGCUGUUAUUGUGAAGUGGAAACGUCUAAGAGCAACAACGGCAAAGCCAUGAAGUGGUAGGCCACAUAAGCUCACAGAACUGGACCGGCGAGUGCUGAAGCACGUAGCGCGUACAAAAUGUCCUCAGUUGCAACACUCACUACCGAGUUCCAAACUGCCUCUGGAAGCAAUGUCAGCACAAGAACUGUUCGAGCAGCCGCACAAAAGCCUAAGAUCACCAUGCGCAAUGCCAAGUGUCGGCUGGAGUGGUGUGAAGCUCGCCGCCAUUGGCCUCUGGAGCAGUGGAAACGCGUUUUCUGGAGUGAUGAAUCACACUUCACCAUAUGGCAGUCCGACGGACAAAUCUGGGUUUGGCAGAUGCCAGUAGAACGCUACCUGCCCCAAUGCAUAGUGCCAACUGUAAUGUUUGGUGGAGAAGGAAUAAUGGUCUGGGGCUGUUUUUCAUUGUUCGGACUAGGCCCCUUGGUUCCAGUGAAGGGAAAUCUUAACGCUCAGCAUACAAUGACAUUCUAGACGAUUCUGUGCUUCCAACUUUGUGGCAACAGUUUGGGGUAGCCCCUUUCCUGUUUCAGCAUGACAAUGCCGCCGUGCACAAAGCGAGAUCCAUACAGAAAUGGUUUAUUGAGAUUGGUUUGGAAGAACUUGACUGGCCUGCACAGAGCCCUGACCUCAACCCCAACCUUUGAGAUGAAUUGGAACACCGACUGCGAGCCAGGCCUAAUCGCCCAACAUCAGUGCCCAACCUCACUAAUGCUCUUGUGGCUUAAUGGAAGCAAGUCCCCGCAGCAAUGUUCCAACAUCUAGUGGAAAGCCUUCCCAGAAGAGUUGAGGAUGUUAUAGCAGCGAAGGGGGGACCAACUCCAUAUUAAUGCCCAUGAUUUUGGAAUGAGAUGUUGGACAAGCAGUUGUCCACAUACUUUUGGUCAUGUAGUGUAUGUUGAAAUGAAAUUGUCUGAAAAAAUACAGAGGAAUGAAACAGCUCAGAUUGGGGACGAGGGGAUAUAACAAAGGUGGGUAGGGUUUCAGAGGUACAGACUGAUCCAAGAGAGGGGAAUAUAAAGACAGAAAAUAAAUCAAAUCAGUGAAAGGAGAUGCUGUGUAUGAGUGAGUCCCCAGCAAACCAAAAUUGGUUAUUUGAAAAUUCCCAGAACAUUCGUCAGGCUGAGGCAAAUGUUCUCAUAUCAGAAACUGUCCAGUUGUGCGGAUGAUUAUACAAUGUAUGUAUAAAACAUAGGCCUGAUGUUGCAAGAAUGUUCCCUUUCACAUUUAGUUGCUCUAAAAAUAUUACUGGUACAUUGUGUUGUUACAUUAACUGGAAACCUAAUGAGAACGUUUGGGGAAUGUUCGGUGGUGGUUAUUACAGAUUGGUGUGCACAACAUUUUAGUGAAUGAGAACAUUCCAAGGAUAUUUAAUUUAAAAUAUUUUCUGGAACUAAAAAAAAAAUUGUUAUCAAAACAUUGUCAUCCUAAUGUUAGAGAAAAUCUUAACUAGAAUCUUAUUACGCCAGUUAAAAGUCUGCGUCUGUGAAGUUUCUGAUCCAAUCAAUUUAAUCAUUUCUUCAGUGUGAAAAUGCUGACUAAACAUAUUUUCUGUGACAGCCCCAGAAGAGUUUCAGAGGAUUUGACCCCUAUUGAUAAUUGUUCCUAUCCAAGGCAGACACUGUGACAGUACAGUACAGCAGGAAUGGUUUAUUUAUAUUUAAACAUGAGAAACCAUAUGCAUUUUACACUACAGCAAAUGUUGGAGGGGAAAGGAAGUCUAUACGCAGAAGAAUGAAUGACAACACGUUGGAAGAGGAAAAUGUAUGUUACUCAAAAGUACUGAUACCCUUUCCCUUCACAUGACAGGGACAGACACCUGCACAAUAACUGCUCCCACAUCAUUGAUUACAAUCAUCAUGGACCUGUUAUUCCUUCUCCAGUCCAAUUGUGAUAUAUGUUCCACAUUGGGAUAAUGUCCUCAGAGUGGAGUGUCUCCUUGGUUGGGUGGAGUGAACAAUUACAGGUACAGAAACACACCACACACUCAACCAGAUCUUUCCCCCUGUUACAGUGGGGGGAAAAAGUAUUUAGUCAGCCACCAAUUGUGCAAGUUCUCCCACUUAAAAAGAUGAGAGAGGCCUGUAAUUUUCAUCAUAGGUACAUGUCAACUAUGACAGACAAAAUGAGAAAAAUAAAAUCCAGAAAAUCACAUUGUAAGAUUUUUAAUGAAUUUAUUUGCAAAGUAUGGUGGAAAAUAAGUAUUUGCUCAAUAACAAAAGUUUCUCAAUACUUUGUUAUAUACCCUUUGUUGGCAAUGACACAGGUCAAACGUUUUCUGUAAGUCUUCACAAGGUUUUCACACACUGUUGCUGGUAUUUUGGCCCAUUCCUCCAUGCAGAUCUCCUCUAGAGCAGUGAUGUUUUGGGGCUGUCGCUGGGCAACACGGACUUUCAACUCCCUCCAAAGAUUUUCUAUGGGGUUGAGAUCUGGAGACUGGCUAGGCCACUCCAGGACCUUGAAAUGCUUCUUACGAAGCCACUCCUUCGUUGCCCGGGCGGUGUGUUUGGGAUCAUUGUCAUGCUGAAAGACCCAGCCACGUUUCAUCUUCAAUGCCCUUGCUGAUGGAAGGAGGUUUUCACUCAAAAUCUCACGAUAGAUGGCCCCAUUCCUUCUUUCCUUUACACGGAGCAGUUGUCCUGGUCCCUUUGCAGAAAAACAGCCCCAAAGCAUGAUGUUUCCACCCCCAUGCUUCACAGUAGGUAUGGUGUUCUUUGGAUGCAACUCAGCAUUCUUUGUCCUCCAAACACGACGAGUUGAGUUUUCACCAAAAAGUUAUAUUUUGGUUUCAUCUGACCAUAUGACAUUCUCCCAAUCCUCUUCUGGAUCAUCCAAAUGCACUCUAGCAAACUUCAGACGGGCCUGGACAUGUACUGGCUUAAGCAGGGGGACAUGUCUUGCACUGCAGGAUUUGAGUCCCUGGCGGCGUAGUGUGUUACUGAUGGUAGGCUUUGUUACUUUGGUCCCAGCUCUCUGCAGGUCAUUUACUAGGUCCCCCCGUGUGGUUCUGGGAUUUUUGCUCACCGUUCUUGUGAUCAUUUUGACCCCACGGGGUGAGAUCUUGCGUGGAGCCCCAGAUCGAGGGAGAUUAUCAGUGGUCUUGUAUGUCUUCCAUUUCCUAAUAAUUGCUCCCACAGUUGAUUUCUUCAAACCAAGCUGCUUACCUAUUGCAGAUUCAGUCUUCCCAGCCUGGUGCAGGUCUACAAUUUUGUUUCUGGUGUCCUUUGACAGCUCUUUGGUCUUGGCCAUAGUGGAGUUUGGAGUGUGACUGUUUGAGGUUGUGGACAGGUGUCUUUUAUACUGAUAACAAGUUCAAACAGGUGCCAUUAAUACAGGUAACGAGUGGAGGACAGAGGAGCCUCUUAAAGAAGAAGUUACAGGUCUGUGAGAGCCAGAAAUCUUGCUUGUUUGUAGGUGACCACAUACUUAUUUUCCACCAUAAUUUGCUAAUAAAUUCAUUAAAAAUCCUACAAUGUGAUUUUCUGGAUUUUUUAUCUUCUCAAUUUCUCUGUCAUAGUUGACGUGUACCUAUGAUGAAAAUUACAGGCCUCUCUCAUCUUUUUAAGUGGGAGAACUUGCACAAUUGGUGGCUGACUAAAUACUUUUUUUCCCCACUGUACAAGCAAAUGGCAUUGCACACUUUAACAUAAGUGGGGGUAUCUCCAGGAGAGGAACCAGAGUGGAAAAUAGAGGAUAUGGAAGGUAAACAACGAUUGCCAAGGAAUCUGAGGACUCUAUUCUCUGCUCCUUGUCCUUUCUCUAGCGUUUUUUCUUUUCUUGAUGAAUGUACCUGGCUAAACAGUGAUUCUAAGAGUGGUGUUUUGGUGGGUGAUGCUACUGUAUACAGUACAUUCAGACUAGUGCUACACAUAGUGACAGAUGAGGUGGGGUACAGACACACGCUUCAAAGUAAAGUGCUUUCAGGUAAAUGGAUGAAAGGCGCUAUAUCAGUGGUGUAAAGUAACUAAGUAAAAAUACUUUGAAGUACUACUUAAGUAUUUUGGGGGGGUAUCUGUAUUUUAUUAUUUAUAUUUUGUACAACUUUUACUUUUACUCCACUAAAUUCCUAAAGAAAAUAUGUCGUUUUUACUCCCAUACAUAACUUGUUACAUUUCGAGUGUGCCCCUGGCUAACCAUACAUUUUCAAAAAUCUAAUAAAUUGUUCCAUCUGGUUUGCUUAUUAUAAGGAAUUUGAAAGGAUUUAUAGCAUUUACUUUUAAUUAUUUUGAUACUUAAGUACAGUACCAGUCAAAAGUUUGGGCACACCUACUCAUUCCAGGGGAUUUCUUUAUUUUUUACUGUUUUCUACAUUGUAGAAUAAUCGUGAAGACAUCAAACUAUGAAAUAACACAUAUGGAAUCAUGUAGUAACCAAAAAAGUGUUAAACAAAUCAAAAUAUAUUUCAUAUUUGAGAUUCUUCAAAGUAGCCACCCUUUGCCUUGAUGACAGCUUUGCACACUCUUGGCAUUCUCUCAACCAGCUUCAUGAGGUAGUCACCUGGAAUGCAUUUCAAUUAACAGGUGUGCCUUCUUAAAAGUUAAUUUAUGGAAUUUCUUUCCUUCUUAAUGCGUUUGAGCCAUUCAGUUGUGUUGUAACAAGGUAGGGGUGGUAUACAGAAGAUAGCCCUAUUUGGUAAAAUACUAAGUCCAUAUUAUGGCAAGAACAGCUCAAAUAAGCAAAGAGAAACAACAGUCAAUCAUUACUUUAAGACAUGAAGGUCAGUCAAUCCGGAAAAUUUCAAGAACUUUGAAAGUUUCUUCAAGUGCAGUCGCAAAAACCAUCAAGCGCUAUGAUGAAACUGGCUCUCAUGAGGACCGCCACAGGAAAGGAAGACCCAGAGUUACCUCUGCUGCAGAGGAUAAGUUCAUUAGAGUUAACGGCACCUCAGAUUGCAGCCCAAAGAAAUGCUUCACAGAGUUCAAGUAACAGACACAUCUCAACAUCAACUGUUCAGAGGAGCCUAUGUGAAUCAGGCCUUCAUGAUCGAAUUGCUGCAAAGAAACCACUACUAAAGGACACCAAUAAGAAGAAGAGACUUGCUUCGGCCAAGAAAUACGAGCAAUGGACAUUGUCCUCUGAGAUUUUUGGUUCCAACCGCCAUGUCUUUGUGAGACGCAGAGUAGGUGAACGGAUGAUCGCCGCAUGUGUGGUUCCCACCGUGAAGCAUGGAGGAGGAGGUGUAAUGGUGUGGGGGUGCUUUGCUGGUGACACUGUCUGUGAUUUAUUUAGAAUUCAAGGCGCACUUAACCAGCAUGGCUGCCACAGCAUUCUGCAGCGAUACGCCAUCCCAUCUGGGUUGGGCUUAGUGGGACUAUCAUUUGUUUUUCAACAGGACAAUGACCCAAAACACACCUCCAGGCUGUGUAAGGGCUAUUUGACCAAGAAGGAGAGUGAUGGAGUGCUGCAUCAGAUGACCUGGCCUCCACAAUCACCCGACCUCAACCCAAUUGAGAUGAUUUGGGAUGAGUUGGACCGCAGAGUGAAGGAAAAGCAGCCAACAAGUGCUCAGCAUAUGUGGUAACUCCUUCAAGACUGUUGGAAAAGCAUUCCAGGUGAAGCUGGUUGAGAGAAUGCCAAGAGUGUCAUCAAGGCAAAAGGUGACUACUUAGAUUUUGAUUUGUUUCACACCUUUUUGGUUACUACAUGAUUCCAUAUGUGUUAUUUCAUAGUUUUGAUGUCUUCACUAUUAUUCUACAAUUUAGUGGCUUUCACUUGAGUCAUUUUCUGUUAAUGUAUCUUUACUUUUACUGAAGUAUGACAAUUGGGUACUUUUUCCACCACUGUGCUAUAUAAAUACAGUGGGGAAAAAAAGUAUUUAGUCAGCCACCAAUUGUGCAAGUUCUCCCACUUAAAAAGAUGAGAGAGGCCUGUAAUUUUCAUCAUAGGUACACGUCAACUAUGACAGACAAAUUGAGAUUUUUUUUUCCAGAAAAUCACAUUGUAGGAUUUUUAAUGAAUUUAUUAGCAAAUUAUGGUGGAGAAUAAGUAUUUGGUCAAUAACAAAAGUUUCUCAAUAUUUUGUUAUAUACCCUUUGUUGGCAAUGACACAGGUCAAACGUUUUCUGUAAGUCUUCACAAGGUUUUCACACACUGUUGCUGGUAUUUUGGCCCAUUCCUCCAUGCAGAUCUCCUCUAGAGCAGUGAUGUUUUGGGGCUGUCGCUGGGCAACACGGACUUUCAACUCCCUCCAAAGAUUUUCUAUGGGGUUGAGAUCUGGAGACUGGCUAGGCCACUCCAGGACCUUGAAAUGCUUCUUACGAAGCCACUCCUUCGUUGCCCGGGCGGUGUGUUUGGGAUCAUUGUCAUGCUGAAAGACCCAGCCACGUUUCAUCUUCAAUGCCCUUGCUGAUGGAAGGAGGUUUUCACUCAAAAUCUCACGAUACAUGGCCCCAUUCAUUCUUUCCUUUACACGGAUCAGUCGUCCUGGUCCCUUUGCAGAAAACAGCCCCAAAGCAUGAUGUUUCCACCCCCAUGCUUCACAGUAGGUAUGGUGUUCUUUGGAUGCAACUCAGCAUUCUUUGUCCUCCAAACACGACGAGUUGAGUUUUUACCAAAAAGUUAUAUUUUGGUUUCAUCUGACCAUAUGACAUUCUCCCAAUCCUCUUCUGGAUCAUCCAAAUGCACUCUAGCAAACUUCAGACGGGCCUGGACAUGUACUGGCUUAAGCAGGGGGACAUGUCUUGCACUGCAGGAUUUGAGUCCCUGGCGGCGUAGUGUGUUACUGAUGGUAGGCUUUGUUACUUUGGUCCCAGCGCUCUGCAGGUCAUUCACUAGGUCCCCCCGUGUGGUUCUGGGAUUUUUGCUCACCGUUCUUGUGAUCAUUUUGACCCCACGGGGUGAGAUCUUGCGUGGAGCCCCAGAUCGAGGGAGAUUAUCAGUGGUCUUGUAUGUCUUCCAUUUCCUAAUAAUUGCUCCCACAGUUGAUUUCUUCAAACCUAGCUGCUUACCUAUUGCAGAUUCAGUCUUCCCAGCCUGGUGCAGGUCUACAAUUUUGUUUCUGGUGUCCUUUGACAGCUCUUUGGUCUUGGCCAUAGUGGAGUUUGGAGUGUGACUGUUUGAGGUUGUGGACAGGUGUCUUUUAUACUGAUAACAAGUUCAAACAGGUGCCAUUAAUACAGGUAAUGAGUGGAGGACAGAGGAGCCUCUUAGAGAAGAAGUUACAGGUCUGUGAGAGCCAGAAAUCUUGCUUGUUUGUAGGUGACCAAAUACUUAUUUUCCACCAUAAUUUGCAAAUAAAUUCAUAAAAAAUCCUACAAUGUGAUUUUCUGGAUUUCUUUUCCUCAAUUUGUCUGUCAUAGUUGACGUGUACCUAUGAUGAAAAUUACAGGCCUCUCUCAUCUUUUUAAGUGGGAGAACUUGCACAAUUGGUGGCUGACUAAAUACUUUUUUCUCCCCACUGUACAAACCAACCUCUAUCUCUCUUCCUCUCUCUCUCUUCACCCUCCUAUGCUGUAACUUCAUCCUAUGCAGUAACUUCUUGUAAUCUUCUUACUCCACCCUCCUAUCUCUCACUUUUCUUUCCUGACUACUUUUCCCUCUCUUCCUCACUCUCUCCCUCUGAUUCCUCCUCUUCCACAGUGCUCCCCCUCAUCUGACCACACAGGGGCUCCAGUCUCCCCCCUGUCGUCACUCCCACUGGUUGGAUGAUCUUGUCCCUGAGAGAGACAGAGGGAGAGAGAGAGGGAGAGAGAGGGAGAGAGUAGAGAGAGAGAGCGAGAGGAGAGAGGAGAGAGAGAGAGACGAGAGAGAAGAGAGAGAUCCGGGGAGAGGAGAGCGAGAGAGAGAGAGAAAAUGGCAACAUCCAUCUAUUUCACACACUUGGAUAGUCACUAGCUAGAACAGGUAUGUACUCACACACAACACGCACACACAUGCUCACAAGCACACACACACACCGUGAGAGCCUGUUGAACAGGCCGAUGAGUCUUUGUGCCUCCUGCUCUUUCUCCUGCUCCGUCAUUCCCUCCAUGGGGUCUGGCUGCUCCUCCUCCACCCUCCCCGUCACUGGGUUGAUGCGCCCCUUAGCUUCCCUGUGGAACACAGUUACAAACACCUCCCUUGUAAAUACUGUCCACUCCUAACAAGUGCACUUCAUAGGAUUCUGCUAAACACUGUCCCAGUCUCAAUUCAAUGACCUUUUUCGAAAAUUGCUCCUGUUGCUUGUUCCAAGUCCAAUCUGUCAGUCCCUAACGAUGCAUUGUGUCCCUAUACAGUAUUACAAAGUGUUGUGUUUGUGACAUUAUCAAUGGUUGUUUUACACACCUGUAUUCCUCUGUGUCAGAGUCUGAGUCGCUAGAGUACUGGGCGUGGGUCACCUGACCUCCACUCAGCAUGCCCCGGGCUGCCAGCAAACCUGCUGCGUUACCAUAGCCUGUGUACUUCACAAAACGACUCACUGAGAGACAGACAAAGAGAUAUAUUUACAUUUUAGUCAUUUAGCAGACACUCUUAUCCAGAGCGACUUACAGGAGCAAGUAGGGUUAAGUGCCUUGCUCAAGGGCACAUCGACAGAUUUUUCACCUAGUCGGCUCGGGGAUUAGAACCAGAGACCUUUCGGUUACUGGCACAACGCUCUUAACCACUAAGCUACCUGCUGCUGUGAUACGAGCGGGUUCUUCUAACUAAGAGUUAAUUUGAAAUGAGGAGCUAGUAAGUGUGACAGGAGUGUGAUAUGAUAUGGGCACCGUUCUCUUUGCAGAGCACAAAGAGGAGCUCGGCAGCACAGUGCUUGAUGUCCGUGUCCAUGUGGGUCAUCAGGCGCACCAGACGUCCCCUCACUGUGGCCCCCUGCUCCGGCCUCAGGGCCACGUCCCUCAGAGGGGGGAGGAUCUGUAGCAGUGGACAGGCAGAGGCAGGUGUUAGUGCUGUGUGGGAGCAAAAACUAGCUGCUAUCCAGGAGGGGACAGACAGAGGCCCCAAUAUCAAAAGUCGAAGCAGGCUUCUCCAACAAUGUAAACCGAACAUCAGACUAGCAUUAUCAUACCGUUUUAAAGCCACAAUAAUCAGUUGGAGUUUCAGCCUAACAAAAGAGAACAGUACCUGUUGUCUGAGGUAGUGGCGUGUCUCGCGGUGCGCACGGCAGCUCUCAGUCAAUAGAUUCAGGACUGGAGUCAGUUUCUCCUUCAACUUCUGACCCUUCAUAACAAAUACAUAGGUGAUUUUGUCAGCUUAUGACCCUUUAUACACAUCCAGUAUGCUUCCAUAGCAAUAUACUAUUGAGAUGCAACCCUCCACUGCACACCAUGGGGAAGCAAACAGCAUCCUCAUAUGAGAUAGGUGCCUCCUUUCCUACCCACUUUCCACUCUCUCUCAAUCCCUCCCUCCCUCUGCCUCACCCUGUCCAGGCGUCUCUCCAUAAAGGUGAGUAGGGUGUGGACAGUGUCCAUGUUGACCCCCUCCCACUCCUGUGAACCCUCCGUCAGAUGCACAGACAGCAGCACGUCCAGACAUCGCAGGGGCAGGGCAGAGAGCACGUUCACUGUGUGCCUAAGGAGGGUUAUAGGUCAAAGGUCAAGGGUUAAGGGUCAGGGAUCAGAGGUAAGGAGACAUGGGGAAAACCUGAAAUGGCACCCAUUUAAAAAUGAUUCAGAACAUAUCUUUUCCACUUUGCCACGAAAAAGGAAACAUUUAGACAACACCUAGAAUGGCCACUAUUACUUUCAAAAGAAAGAUGCACAUACAAAUGCAUGGAUAGACAACAGAAGAGGGGAUAGCAGAAGCCCUCGUACGUACCCCUGUAACUCCUCAUUGAGUUCUUCUCCGUCACAGGUCAGCAGCAGGCAGUGACGUAG